UGUUAAACACUCAGUAAUCUUGUUAAUGUCAGUUUAACUUGUUCGGCAACGGUCAAACCAAAUUCAUGCAGCAUGUCACUCCUAAAAGCUAUCGAGACUAUAUCAAAAUUACCCAGUGUAAAAUUUUGCAUUCCUGUUACGAAUCAGCACCAGCACAUCCGCAUUACCCAGAAUAAUGCCGCAAAGCCUGUUUUUAGAAGGAACAAAUGUCAAGACGAAGGGCCUUCUCCGAUCUUGCAAUUGGCGAAAAGAGCUCAACUGGAGACGCAGGUCAGACCUUACCAUGUGAUGACUGGAGGUCAGAUUUUAGAUAUGCCUAGUAACAGCCAGGGGUAUAUUCUUCCAGUUCGCUCAACACCGGUGUCCCAAUUCAAGGGCAAACAUAAAGGAGGCAAAGGACAAUAUGGAGGUACUGGAGGCAGCGAUGGUUGCCCACCCUGCAAAACCGACCCCAAUCCCUGCAAAAUGCAGAACUGCAAGCUGAAAAAGCCAAAAAGGAAGAACGAACAUGAAUGCGACCCUGACGAACCAGAAGAUAUUUGCAAACGAGAUAGCCCUUGCAAUUGGUACCCUGGCAAAAAACCCUGUAAAUAAUGAAGAAAAAGUUACAAAACGUAUUAAAAUCGAUCCAGUGGCUACGCAGCUACAGACAAAAAACGAAAAAAAACCUCGCAAACAUCGACUUCUGACGUUUCAGACACUCCU